CAAGAGUUGUCAAUAUCACGAGCCUUUUUUCAGUUUUCUUUAUAAAAUUAAGUCUCUGUGUGUGUGUUAUUCUGUACAAUUGAAGCUUUAAUAUUGUAUUGUACAUUUUAUAGUGUGUUCAGAGUAAAUGUGAACAUCUAGUUCGGCGAUUUUCCCACGGUAUUAUGUUCACUAUUUAAGCCGGCAAUUCGAUAAAUCCGUUUCGCGACAACAUGUCCACCACCGACAACAACAACAGUCUGGAGACUAUGGUAGAAAAAACGUUGGAAUCCACUGGAGUUCUAAGCAAAAUGAGAGCUGAACUACGAGCAAACGUUUUCCACAUUCUCGAAAAAGGUGCUACGUUUCAAGAAAAAGUUUACUCGGAUACUAUAAAGAACUUUGUUUCAAACAACAACGGCAUACUGUUGCUGUCCCUGGUGAAAGAACUAUUGGAAUACUUGGAUUUGAAUUUUACAUCGUCCGUGUUCGACCCGGAAACCGGUGUGGGAAAAAAUUUCCAAUACAAAAAGGAAGACGACAUCGUAGAAGAGUUAUCGGUCGCCAAAGAUAACAAGCGACCGAUGCUUUUGCAAAUUCUGGAAGCGUAUCAGACGCAUUCGAAAUCGACCGCAACGGACUGUAGUAAAACGACGGCAAAAGACGACGAAGACGUGCCGCCAUUCGGUAAGACUCCGUUUGUGCAAAUUUCCAAAAGCAAAAAACCGGAACCGUCCAAAGCCGACAACAGAAACGAUUCUCCGACAAAGUCCAAAAGUUCGUCUCCCAUAAAAAUCAGUAUAUUCGAACGGGACAACAUCAUUAUCAACAAAAACGCCGACCCCGAUCGGAAACUCGCUAAAGAAACCAAAGAUCGUCGUUCCGAGGUUACCGACAACGGCGGCGGCAGCAGCAGCGUAGACCAGCCGUUGUCGUCGUCGUCGGUCAACAACGACACCGACCGAGACAACAAUUACGAUUCGAAAAGCUUACGAAACGAAUCCAGUCUGGACGAGGUGGAAACCGACGAAAACAUUUCCGUGGCAAACGACAGCGUUCACAGUAGUACGUUGACCGAUGGUUCAUCGUCGGUGAGUGAAACGUAGUAACGUUAGUAAUCGGCUCAAGAAGGACACUUGCACAUAAGAAAACAAUAAUCCGACGCUCGAUCACAAUGGUUCCUAUUUCUACAGCGACGGAUCACCGGUACAGGA